GCGCCACGGUGCGCAGGCGCAGCCGUCGGUGGGUCGGGGUUCGGUCGCUUGUGAGAUCCUGAACACCUGUGUUGCCUCUGCCUGCCUCAAGAUGGACAACCGGAAGCGCCUGGCCUACGCCAUCAUCCGGUUCCUGCAGGACCAGCUCCGGCACGGAGGGCUCUCGUCCGAUGCCCAGGAGAGCUUGGAAGUCGCCAUCCAGUGCCUGGAGACGGCCUUCGGGGUGACUGUGGAGGACACUGACCUGGCACUCCCCCAAACUCUUCCUGAACUAUUUGAAGCAGCUGCCAGUGGCAAGGAGAAGCCGCAGGAUCAGAGGCCUUCCGAGCACACCCCGCCUUCUGAUGAGGACUCAGCGGAGGCAGAGCGCCUCAAAACGGAAGGAAACGAGCAGAUGAAGGUGGAGAACUUCGAAGCUGCUAUCCACUUGUAUGGAAAGGCCAUUGAGCUCAAUCCUGCCAACGCCGUGUACUUCUGCAACAGAGCCGCAGCCUACAGCAAGCUGGGGAACUAUGCAGGGGCCGUGCAGGACUGCGAGCGUGCCAUCUGCAUCGACCCUGCCUACAGCAAGGCCUACGGCCGCAUGGGCCUGGCGCUGUCCAGCCUGAACAAGCACGCCGAGGCCGUGGCCUACUACAAGAAGGCCUUGGAGCUGGACCCCGACAACGAGACGUACAAGUCCAACCUCAAGAUCGCAGAGCUGAAGCUGAGGGAGGCGCCAAGUCCCACUGGCGGUAUGGGCACCUUUGACAUCGCUGGCCUGCUCAACAACCCCAGCUUUAUGAGCAUGGCAUCAAACCUGAUGAACACCCCCCAACUCCAGCAGCUCAUGUCCGGGAUGAUUUCUGGCAGCCACAACCCCUUAGGAACUCCGGGCACCAGUCCUUCGCAGACGGACCUGGCCAGCUUGAUCCAGGCGGGCCAGCAGUUCGCCCAGCAAAUGCAGCAGCAGAACCCGGAGCUAAUUGAGCAGCUCAGGAGUCAGAUCCGCAGCCGGACCCCCAGCGCCAGCAACGAUGAGCAGCAGGAGUGACGGCAGCCAUCCAGCCCGAUCCUGUCCUUCCCGGCCUGCUGGCAGCCUUCUGGUGUUUUGCCAUUUUCUCCCGUCGGACUGCCCAAGAGAGAAAAAGAAAGAAGUUGGACCUGCAUGUUAAAUGGCUCCCCCGUCCCCGGUUUUUGUUUUUUUUUUUUUUCUUUGCCCUCCCUCCUCCCUUUUUGUACUCCUCUUCCCGCCCAGUCCCGCGUUGAGAGCCGAGCCAGCAAGCUGAGUGUAGACCAGCACUGGUUCCCCCCCAGCCCCAGUUGUUCCAGAAUUUUUCUAGAAUCCCGGAGUACUUCCUUUGGUGACUCGGGGAAGUGGCAGGUGUGACGAGGAGCCUCGUGGCACACACCUGUGGCCUCGGGGGCCAGGACUUGAGGAGUAGACCUUGGGCCCGGCCUGGGCCCCCAAGAGCGCUCACUGCCAGCCCGGCCUGGGCGCCAGCUUCCCAGGACCACGCGGGUGCUUGCUCGGCAACCGCGGCUUCUGCACAUUGAGCCUCGUGGACACAGGACGGCUUCAGCAGCUCCUUCCUGCUGCGCAUGUGCAGAUAGCCAUGCGGCCAUUGUCCCACCUCCUGGUCCAGCCCUCAUGGCCAAUAGCGAUGCGUGACCUUCUGUCCCCGGGGCCCAGCGGACAGACCAGGACAUCCUGGCCUGCCUGCGUCCCCUCCCACAGCCCUAACCCUGCAGGUGUCCAGCAGGCCCAGGGACCUUCCGAGGGCUCCCCACUCCUGCACCACCCCUCAGCCCUGAGAAGGUCACCAGAGCUGUGUCCAGGGAGGAAAAGCCUGUCCAGGAAACGUGGCCACCAUGAUGUCCCUGUGGUGGUUCCAUGGUGGCAGUCAGGGCCGUGUGUAGCCAUGUGCAAGGUAGAGGCAGAACUGUGUGUGUGUGUGUGUGCAUAGGUAGCCGGUAGGAAGGGGCCAUAGCCGCUACCAAGCCCCAUGGGGUGGGCUGGCCACACGCUCCACGCUGAGGCAAUGGAUGUGGAAUAAAGCGACAUCAUGACCUCUGUU